AUGUCAACUCCUUUAACAAAUGUUGUCUUGAUUGGUGGCAGUGGAACUGUUGGCAAAAUCAUUCUUGAGGCACUUCUCAAGUCCCCUGACAUUAAUGUAACAGUGAUUUCUCGGGACACUAGCAAUGCCACUUUCCCCUCGCAAGUCACCGUACAUAGAACAGACUUUUCCCACUCGGGCUUGUUUUCCGCUUUCAAGGGCCAAGAUGUUGUCAUUUCCGCAGUAGGUGCGACUGCGUUUACUGAGCAAAAGAAGUUCAUUGAAGCGGCAGUCCAUGCUGGCGUCAAGAGGUUCAUACCGUCCGAGUUCUCUUCAAAUACUCUCAAUGAAUCUGUUCGUCAGAUGCUGCCCUUAUUCAACCAAAAAAAAGAGGUUCUUGACUAUCUCAAGUCCAAAGAGUCAGUUGGCCUGACUUGGACCGGCAUUGCAACUGCUCUGCUGUUUGAUUGGGGGUUGACAAGUGGAUUUCUUGGCUACGACAUACCUAACCGGACCGCAACAAUCUGGGACGGAGGAGACAAGCGUUUUACGCUUGUCAAUGAAAGGGAACUCGGCCAGUCAGUUGUCUCGGUCUUGAAACACCCUCAAGAAACGGCCAACAAAUACCUCUACGUUACUUCAGUCGAAGUUACACAAAAUGAGAUACUGCGGGCCCUUAAAGAAGAAACCGACUCAAAAUGGAAAGUAAUUCAUACAACAUCAGAUGCCCAAAAAAAGGAGGCUUUCAAAAGGCUUAGUAAUGGAGACUUCAGCGGCGGUUUAAUCCUUGUUCGUGGUACAAGCUACGCCAAUGACCCUGCUCUUCACGCCAAUUAUGCCACAGAUGAAAAAUUAUCGAAUGAUCUAUUAGGGUUGGAGCCCGAAAGUGUGAAGCAGACCAUUAAACGAGUGCUAAGCAAGCGUGAAUAA